CUUGGCAUGGGAAACCACAGCAACAACCAUACCUGCCUGACAGAUGAUUCCUUCAAGUACAACCUGUACGGAGCCGUGUACAGUGUGGUCUUCAUCCUUGGCUUGAUCACAAACUGCGCCUCCCUCUUUGUUUUCCUCUUCCGGAUGAAGAUGCGGAGCGAGACGGCCAUUUUCAUGACCAACCUGGCGGUUUCAGACUUGCUUUUCGUGUUCACUUUGCCCUUUAAGAUUUUUUACAACUUCAACAGGCACUGGCCCUUCGGGGACACCCUGUGCAAGAUCUCAGGCACGGCGUUCCUCACCAACAUCUACGGGAGCAUGUUGUUCCUCACCUGCAUCAGCGUGGAUCGCUUCCUGGCCAUCGUGUAUCCCUUCCGCUCCCGCACCAUCCGCACCAGGAGGAAUUCCGCCAUCGUCUGCGCCGGCGUUUGGAUCCUGGUCCUCAGCGGCGGAAUUUCAGCCUCGCUGUUCUCUACCACCAACGUGUCCAACAGCAGCACAACCUGUUUCGAAGGGUUCUCCAAAAGGAUCUGGAAAACCUACCUGUCCAAGAUCACCAUAUUUAUUGAGGUGGUGGGAUUCAUCAUCCCUCUGCUGCUCAACCUCACGUGCUCCUCGCUGGUUCUCCGGACUUUACGGAAGCCAGCCACCCUGUCCCAGAUUGGGACGAACAAGGAGAAAGUGCUGAAGAUGAUCAUCGUGCACGUGGCCAUUUUCGUCGUGUGCUUUGUCCCCUACAACUCCAUCCUGUUCCUGUAUGCACUCGUGCGCUCCCAGGCCAUCGCCAACUGCUCCCUGGAGAGGUUUGCCAGGACCAUGUAUCCCAUCACGUUGUGCAUAGCCACCCUCAACUGCUGCUUUGACCCCUUCAUCUACUACUUCACCUCUGAGUCCUUCCAGAAGUCCUUCAACAUCAAAACCCAGAUCAAAAUGGAUUCUCUUUUCAAGACAGAGAUGCCACUCACAAAGACGGCACUGCCGGCGCCGCAGGAUGAGAUCAGCGACCAGGCCAUCACCAACGGAGGAGAUCCCACGUCUGAAUCCCAUUUCUAG